AUGCCUGAACUCCACACGGUUAAGUUGGUUGCAGAAGAUGGCAGCGAGCACGAGCUAAGCAUUGAAGCCGCCAGUCUUUCGCCAGUAUUAACCGCCUUCUUAAAGCAUCCUAAUAUGAAGACAGACCCAAAGAUAGAUUUAUCACAAUACUCUUCUGAUAUCUUAGACAAAGUUUGUGAAUACCUAGAAUAUAAGUUGAAGUAUAAGGAUGUCCCUGAUUCGGAUGACAUACCUGAAUUUGAUCUACCCACCGAGUUAUCUUUACAGCUACUGUUGGUGGCAGAUUAUUUAAAUAUAUGA